AUGGGCGUUGGCGCCUCCGCCGCUCCAACGAAAAAGUGGGCACGAGCUAUCGCAAAUGGAAACCUCGUGAGCGAGUCAAGAUCACCUUAUACUGUCACUGAAGUGCCAGUUGCUUUGGGGGGAAGAGCAAUGUUUGUGGGUCGUACAUCUGAGAAGGCAGAGGGGGAAAGAAAAGGACGCAGGAUUUAUAUCUUGCGGAGACUUCAAGUUCGUGGACUCUUUGAGUUGGAACUCUUCGAGUUCUACUCUUGGAGGCCCGAAUCUGUGUCUCACCCGGAUUGGAACCUGGAAAGCCUGCGUGGGCUAGGACAAUAUCUAGCCACCAAUUAUGAAACGAGAUGUAUGACUCCUAACCUGAACUCUACCCAGCUGACCGUAUAG